AGUUAUAAUGUAACAUAAUCAUAUUGUGUGUCAUUUUGGGUGAUAGCGUAACUCUUCUCUGUUAAUUACACUCGCAACGCAUUUGAUCGCCGUUAUUUGUGACGUCUUAUUGGUGCUGUCAGGGGAAAGCUGGAGGACAGCUAGCAACAUUUCGACAGGUGAUGCUAAAGCGAACCAGCAUGAAUGCAACUGCAUCAAUGGCAUUAUUUAUUUAACCUGAACGCAUACCAAAUGAUGCGAUGUAUACCUUACAGUCAGUCAUGGAACCGGCUGUGUUUGGAAAUACCAGGCUCGUGUUGGCUUUAGUGACAUCUAGUGACUCCCGGCUGUGAGCCCACAAUGGCGGCCUCCACUCGCAGGACGGUGUUGUCGCUGUACACGCGGGUGUUUCGCGUCGCCCGCGGCUGGCAGGCGCUGAGCGGAGUCCCCAGUGACACCGAGGCGGAGAGAAAGUACAUUCUCCAAGAGGCCGGCACUCUGUUCCGACAGAACCAGCAGCUCACAGAUGACGAAUCAAUAAAACGGUGUAUGGAAGAAUGUGAGGCAAGGAUAGAAAUGGGUUUACAUUACAGGAACCCUUAUCCGAGGGCUACGUACCUGCCACCGCUGGGGCUGGCGACUCAGAAGGGCAGGAAGCUGAAAGCACAGCAGCGCCUGAGGAAGCAGGCCAAGCCGGUGUACUUACAGUCACAAGACGAGACCUGAGGCUCGAUGUCCUCGCCGACCGCUCAGGUUACCGCGGGCGGGAAACCGGAGCUCGGCCGCCAGCUGAUCCGAGCGGCUACAAGCGCUUCGUGAUGCUGGAACGCAUUCAGCCAUUCAGGAAGGAGCCAUGUUUCACUUUAGUUGUUCUCCUUUUACUCCGAGCUGCUUAAACACGAGUUUCCCAGCGUCGCUGAAGGGUGACCGGCUUCGGUUGGGCUCAGCGAGGCUGUGGGGGUGGAAGAGCUUUAGUAUGAGAUCAAGUUGUAUGUUGUUUGUUUUGUCAAAGUGUAAAAUAAAUACUACGAAUACUUAACAUUCUACAACAAAGUUAUCUUAAUGUUUUACUCUAGUUGUACAUUUGUGCCUUGACAUGGAGAUUAUUUGUGGAACUUUUAUAAUGUAUUUUAUUUUUUAGAGCCAACACCUUAGCGUUCAGCUUUCUCUUAUCAGUAGCCCGUUGAUCCAGGCAGAAACUACAACCCCAGGAAUGUUGGCAGCUGCAGAGAGGAAGAUGGGGAAAGGGGUCAUUUCUCACUCAUCUGCACUGCUGAACCAUUGUAGUGUGCGCAGAUGUUCUUCCUACGAGCUUUAACUUUUCUGCAGGAGGACGGAGGAAGGGCUUUAAACAGAACCGUGCAUUUUCCUCCCAGCAGACAACACGAGGAAGAACUUCCAAAGAGCGUUCCAGGAAGACACAAAAACAGGAACAGAGAGCCGAUGGAAAGUUUAGAACGUUAUCUUUAAACCCAAACUUCCUUAACUCUUAUUACUUGACAUUUCUGGAUCUGUUUUUAAGAGCCAGGAAUAUCUGGCUCCCUUUGAUGAUUAUUUAGCCUUCCUCAGCGUGGAGGAAGAGCAGUUUGGUUUGUUUCUCACUUUACGUUCUGUCUAGAAAUCUGAGCCUGACUCAUCAUAAAAUAAAAGACCUGCAGCUGGAGAUUCAUUUUGUUAAUUUUGUUCUGUUCUGUUCAGAUGUUGUGAAUAGUACAAAAUGAUGUUUAACAUUUCAAAUCUGAUGUGCCACAAUAAAGCACGUUGUGUGAGCUCCA